AUGAGUGCCGAUCCCAGUCUUAAAAUCGCUUUAAAUAUCCUGGAUACCCCGGAUUUCUCGUUUCUCUAUCUUCGAUUCUCGGAACAGAACCUUGCUCUCAAUACCCUUGCCAUGAAGCUCACAAGCCUUUUGGCUCUGAUGGCCACCAACGUCGCCAUCUCCAAACCGACUCAGGGAAAGAUACCUGCACCCAAGUUGCCGCAAUUAUCAUGGAAUACCCAUACACAUUGCUUUGACCCAGAGCGUCAUCCCUUCAAGAGCUCACGUUCCUACACACCGGAGGCCGCUCCUUUGAAGGACUUGAUCAAACAGUCACCAGCUGAUAAUGUCAUGAUCGUACAAGCAACGAUCGAGGAUGGUUACAGUGGUCUCUUGGAUACUUUGGCCAAGGGCCAUGAGCAGUAUCCCAGCAAACAGAUUCUUGGUACUAUCUUUUGGGACCCUGAGGAUUCAAGCCUGAAGAACAAGACAGAUGCCGAAUGGGAUAGGCUGCACAAGGCUGGAGUGCGGUCCGUUAGGAUUCAUGGCUCAUACGGUGGCUCAGGCGAUGACCUGGACUGGGUUCUCGAGAAGUUUGUGCAGGUUGCUACGUAUUGCCCUCUUGAACGACACGGCUGGACUAUUUCGGCGCAACUGCCAUUGGCAAUGUGGUCGAAAAUGAAGGACUCUAUCUUGGAUCAUCCGAAGUUGAAGGGUGUAAGAAUUAUCGCGGAUCACAAUGGCUCUGCAACGCCCGAGGACUACGAGACCAAUCAGUUCAACGAUUUUCUCGCUCUGCUGGAAACGGGAAGAUUUUACAGUAAAGUCGGCGCUUUGCACAGACGAGCCGAUGAUGUUGCCCUCAUGGAACCUAUCAUCAAGGCCUUUGCGACGGCUGCACCUGGUGGCUUGGUCUGGGGAAGCGACUGGCCUCACGUCAAUGCUUCUGUAAAAGGACUUGAACCAACACCACCUCUCGAAGUGGAUACGAAUGAGGAGCUGCGGUUGUUGAGGGAAUGGCUUACAGAUGAUCAGUGGGAGAAGAUGUUUGUGUGCAACCCUGCACAAGUCUUUGGCAUGGGCAAACCUUAA